AUGACAGGACGUACCGCCACUGGAGAAAACUCGAGCGAAUACUCAUUCAACAAGCACAGCACUGCACCAAACACAGAAUCUAAGCCUCAUCGCUGCAAUGGUCAUCUCGAAGAUGUCCUUACUGGUGUGUCCAAAUUACCAAUGGAUUUUGCCAAACCGUUCUCUGCUUUUCUGAGCUGUCUCAAGUCUAACCCAGGUCAAGAACCUUCUAGAUAUGUCCCUGCUAAGCCAGAGGAGCCGUGA